AGGUGUGUCAGUCCAACCGACCGCCGGGCGGCUACGCUGCUGCUCGCUGCUUGAUGCGAACGGAGACAUGAGAGGGCGAGCGGCAUGGCGGACGGCGAAAAGCGGGAAGGCAGCCAGCAGCCCGACCGCAAUCUUCAACACAAAUCUGCAGCCAGCUGCAGGUUGACUCACGACAUUAGCUUGGGUGAGUUUGAAGACGAUGACCUGUCAGAGAUUACGGAGAUCACAGACGAAUGUGGGAUGAGCCUCAAUUGCAAUGGCCCAGAUAUCAAGGGCCACGUGAGGCGAGGGACCAAUAGCAGGCCGGGGAGGGCAGAGCUGGGCGCUGUCGGACAGCUGCAGGCAGAGAUGCUGCAUUUGGAUCUCAUUGAUGGUGCUGGCGGUUUCCGCGGUGACAAAGAGUCCUCCAAAGCCUCCAUCGCACCUCCGCCGGUCACCAAGGACCCUACAGUACCUGUUACCAUGGAUACCUACCGGCCCAAGAGACCGACGACACUGAAUCUGUUUCCAAUUGUGCCCCGCACACAGGACACGUUAAACAACAAUUCCUUCGGCAAGAAAUACAGCUGGCAGGAUAAAGUUUCAGGCUCAUCUUCACCUCUCAAAACUGGUGAGCUAACGCCGCCGCGUGAGCACAGCUGCCUGAGCGACGAGGACAAGGUGCGGAGUGGCGGCGCGCAGACCAAAGACCGGGGCACCUCCACCGACGCCCCCUGCAGGCACUCGCACCCAUCAGGACCUUCGCAAAGCUUGACGGCGGCGGCGUCGACGCGGCCCAAGUUUCAGGAGAAGGCACCUGCGCCGCCACCACCGCCACAGAAUUACAAACCGGCUCCUCUCUAUCCGGCGGGGAAGGUGGAUGGAAGUGGCUACCAACACGAGAGGAUCCAGUACCACCCCGAGGCUCCUUUGGAGCCAACAGAGGAGAUAUAUCUGACCCCAGUGCAGCGCUGUUCGAAUCCCUCGGAGCCCCCUUGCACGCAGGACCGGCCUUUCCUUUCGCAGCUGAGUGAGCAGGGUCGCAUGUCCAUCAGCUCCGAUACAGAAGGCCCGCCUCCUUACCAGCCGCUGCCUGACCAGUCCAACGCCUCCAUCUACGAGGAGGACGAAGCCUACAUCGCCCCGCCUUCUUACGCCUCCUGCGUCGAAUCGCUCAUCACGCCGCCUAGCAUGGCGCUAUCAACUCAUCCUUCCCUGGCUCUGGACUUGAGUCUCAAGGGGUCCGUCGAGUAUGUGGACGCGACGGACGAAAGCUACUGCGGGGAGGAUGAGGACGUGGACAGAAUCAUCAUGGACGAGCGAAUCAAGAGAGCGGUGGGAAAAGUGGAAAGGGGCAACAGCAGAGCCGCCCUGCUAAGAACUUCCAUGAGCUCCGACGCCAGCGGCCUGUCGUACGACUCGGUCAAAUACACCCUGGUGGUGGACGAGCACGCUCAGCUGGAGCUCGUCAGUUUGAGACAGUGUUACCAAGGUUACAGCGACGACAGCGAUUCGGCCACCGUCUACGACAACUGCGUCUCGUCCCCCUACGAGUCCGCCGUCGGGGAAGAGUACGAGGAGGGAGACGGUGAGGAAGAUUGCGCCCGUUUGGGGGGAGUCCGACGAGAGGCCACGGCGUGUCUGUCCGAAGACUCCACGCCAGAUGUUGACCUGCAUUUCUCCAAGAAGUUCCUCAACGUCUUCAUGAACGGACGCUCGAGCUCAUCAAGUGCGGAGUCUUUUGGUUUAUUUUCCUGCACCAUAAAUGGAGAGGAGCAGGAUCAGAGUCAUAGAGCUGUCUACAGGUUUGUUCCGAGGCACGAUGACGAGUUAGAGCUCGAAGUGGAUGAUCCAUUGCUGGUGGAGGUGCAAGGGGAGGAUUACUGGUAUGAAGGCUACAACAUGAGAACGGGCGCCCGGGGGAUUUUCCCUGCUUACUAUGCUAUCGAGGUGACCAAGGAGGCUGAAAGCUUCAAAGCAAAGAAUCAUGAGUGGCUAGACCGAUACCGGCUAAAGUUCUUGGGCUCAGUUCAAGUGCCCUACCACAAAGGAAACGAUGUUCUUUGCGCAGCUAUGCAGAAGAUUGCCACCAACAGAAGAAUGACGGUCAAGCACAACCCGCCCUCAUCCUGUGUCCUGGAAAUCAGUGUGAAGGGAAUCAAACUGGCCGUUCAUGAGGAUUAUUACGCCUGCGAUCGAAGUAACGAGUGCAGUCACUUUUUCCAGUUAAAGAACGUCUCCUUCUGUGGUUAUCACCCCAAAAACUGCAAAUAUUUUGGUUUCAUAACCAAGCACCCAGCAGAGCAGAGAUUCGCCUGCCACGUGUUUGUGUCUGAAGAUUCUACUCAGGCUGUUGCCGAGUCAGUCGGGAAAGCCUUCCAAUUGUAUUACAAAGAAUUUGUGGAGUUUUCAUGCCCCACAGAAGAUAUCUACUUGGAGUAGCCUCGUCCUGCCUUCAAUCACAGCCCUGUACAGUACAUACACACUGUAUCAUAACAUGGUGUUGCAUGUAGGACAUAUCGAAAAAUAAAUAACAACACAUCAGAGGAGAAAGGAAGAAGCCAAAGGAUUGUUUUUGAGGCAUAAAAAAUAAUUAUGCAAAUCAGGCAUCGGUGAUAACGUGGUGUCCGUAAAGAGCACAUAUGACUGCGGCUUUUGGGGUGUCCUGUCGGCAGCCGUCACCUCAGAAGGUGGAAACGAAAUUCAACUGCCUUUCCCGGCACCGACACACCAAAAGAGCAGGCAGUAUAGACUAGGAUCCAACACGAGGGGGGUGUUGGCUUUCCGUGAACUGGAAGGCACCCUGAGAAAUGAAGGAAACUCACAAUCUAAAUAGGAGUCAACGUUGCGGGGAUGAAAUGGGCAUCGUAUGCAAUUAACUGAACGUGUACUAGCUGUCACAGGCUGACCACUUUGGGCUUUUUGUUUCAAAACUAAGAUAUUCAUCCUGAAGUGCGACUGAUGGAACUUGCGGCUGCUUCUUACUGAAUCCGGGACACAUCGCGCUUGACUAGUGCGUGUUACUAAAACACAAAGUAUUCCUAUGUCAGGCAGAGGACUUUGAACGGAAUCAAGACAAAGGCUCCGUGAAGUGAAUUAAGAUACGGCAGGUCCUCCGUGCAGCCGGUGCACAAGAGCGGAGAACUUCACUACUAGUGCCUCUUUUUCAUCUUUCAUCGAGACCUUCUCCAUCAUGUUUACGACAUUUGAAGUCAUGCUAAAUGAUGA